CUGACUAUCGUGAAGGGUGGAGGACUGCGUUCCCUCCACCGCUGUUCCUGUGUACACAAAACCACGCUUGAACUCCUUCGUUUUUUCACAGUUUACCCAUAACGACCCUAAACCCUUGCGAGGAGAGUGCCAAAGUUGAUCCCCAGAAUUAUUUAUUGCGGGUGCAACAGAUUGCAGUCGGUCGCGCUAAUGUUGUGAAGUGAUAUAAAAAGAAUUUUAUUUAUAAAUAAAUUAUGUGAAAAGAAAAAACAAGUACUGUUUAUGUUUAGGUACCAAAAUUUCAGUUCUUCGUUUCCAAAAACGAAAAAUGAAAUCAGAGCAAGUUUAUUAAGCUGGAAUGUUUCUUCUGGGCUAAGCACUCUGAGCAUCCUCAUCAACUUGCAAAUAUGAGGAUUAAACCGCAACAGCCAUUGUUAUCCCUUCCUUCUAGCUUGUUCAACUCCGCAUAAGUAAUGAAUCAUUUGCGCACACUGACAUGGAGGAGGCUAUUAAUUUAGGUUAUGGUGCGGGAGAGGACGUCUCCAGCAGCGCCUCCGGUAACAGGCACUUGUAACUUGAAGCCGUAGUAGUGAGUGGGUAGGGUUGUAGGUAACAAUGUGUCUCAACACGAGUGUCGUUGCAAGUUUAGAAACAAUGGCCGUCCUUCCCUUAGCAGGUGAAGCUACCGUGAACGUUUCUCUGGAUUUGUUUACAAGUGGCAGGAGGGUGCGAGGGUGAGAACGAGGUUUAUGAUCGGUGUAAAGAAGUUUGGCAGUGAUCCCUCAGUGGUUUACGCGCGUCUCGAGACCAGGGGUGAGAGAACACAGGAAGCUAGGGUGAGAAUGGCCCAUCGUGCAUGAUCCACAACACUGGGACGAUGGCCCCAAGACACCGUGGCUGCCGGUCCAUCCAGCUCCUCUGGUGCCCUAUCCACGCCCUGGACGUCGUGUGGGCGUGACAAGGGCGUGGGUUACCACAAGAAUGAGACUGGCAUGGGUGGUGUGGGCGGUGGUGGUGAGCGCUGUGGUGAGCGGUGGCCAGCCUGACCAGGUCCUUAGCCGCCUGGUCUCCACGAAAUACGGCAAGAUCCAGGGUUUCAUCCGUCACCACGCUAGACACCCACUGCAACCCGUCGAGGUGUUCCUUGGAGUACCUUAUGCUUCCCCACCCAUGGGAGAAGGCCGCUUUACACCCACUAGCAGCCCGCUGUCCUGGGAAGGUGUGAGGCGGUGCACGGAACUUCCGCCUGUGUGUCCGCAGUCACUGGCGGACACGGAAUCUGGAGAGCUUCCCCCCGCCCGUGCAGCCCAACUGGCUGCCUUUAGACCACUCCUGCAGCACCAGAACGAAGACUGCCUCUACCUCAAUAUCUACAGUCCACACGACGGAGGUGGGCGGUAUCCAGUGAUGGUGUACAUCCACGGUGAGAACUUCUCUUGGGGCUCUGGUAACCUGUAUGAUGGUAGUGUCCUUGCUGCUUAUGGCCAGCUCACAGUCGUCACCCUCAACUACCGUCUCGGACCGCUUGGCUUCCUCAACACCAGCCCCAACGGCAGUGGGCGAGGAGUAGUGGGCAACCAGGGGUUGAUGGACCAGCUAGCGGCACUAUCAUGGGUUAACGAAAACAUUGCUUACUUCGGUGGCGACCCUACUAGAGUGACUCUCUUCGGCCACUCCUCCGGCGCCGCCUGCAUCAACUACCUGAUCGUUUCUCCUGUUGUUGUACCGGGACUGUUCCACCGAGCGGUGCUCAUGUCAGGGUCUGCCCUCAGUCCCUGGGCUGAAGUGCAGGACGCCCUCUCCGUGACAGCGCGUCUGGCCAAGCACCUCAACUGCUCCCUUCCCACCAACCUCAGUGACCGACACCCGGAGACCAUGGCGUGUCUGCGCAAUGUGUCGGCGCAGCGUCUGGUCACCGUCAAGUUGCCCGAGUACAAGUUCACCUCUAUGUUUGGUCCGAGUGUGGACGGUGUGGUAGUUCCAGAAGACUUCAAAACACGACUAAACAGAGUCCUGGAGGGAAAACAGCUGAGCGUCCUCUUCGGCGUGACGGAAGCAGACGGAUACCCUGAACUCAACAGCAAGCAGGCCACCGAGGGGCUGGACGUGCAGGAACGUAAGCGACUCCUGAGAACUUACGUGAGGAACAUCUAUCACCACCACCUUCAGGAGAUCUACCUGGCCAUCACCAAGGAAUACACGGACUGGGGCAACCCAGCUCAACACCCCGUCCAGGUCCGGGACCUGACGGUGGAGGCACUGAGUGACGGAGGCUUCCUCGCCCCGCUGGCCAAGUUCGGAGAGACUAUCAGCGGACGAGCGGACGCUUACAUGUACGUCUUCAACCACCACGAGAAAGAUCGACAGCGGCUGGGCAGUGUGUUCGGAUCUGAGGUGCCCCUGGUGUUCGGUGCCCCGUUCAUGGACAACCCAGGCCACUGGACUACUAACUUCACCCGGCCAGACGCACUCGUCUCAGAGCUCAUCAUGAGAUACUGGACCAACUUUGCCAAGUCCGGGGACCCCAACCUGCCAGAGGAGGUAAAGCCAGUUCUCAGUUACAAGGAACGCAGCAAGCAACGCAACAUCACCUGGGAACCCUACGAAGCCAUCUAUGAGAAGUUUCUUGAGAUAAGUUACCGGCCCCGGCAGAAGGACCACUACCGUGCCCACAAGGUGGCACUAUGGAACUGGCUCAUACCUGAGUUGGAGGAAGCUGGUGCUAAGUACCCAGACUCUGACAGUGAAGCCUGGCACGCCUCUGAAGAUCCCAAGCACUUCAUUGGCCCUGUCAGGCCUUUGGACCCUUUCAGGUUUCUUCACACAACGCACGUCACAGUGACGUCCGCUGCCCCCUCCUUGCCCACGCCCAGUGAUGAGUACUUGCCACCCAAUGUGAGUGCCGCCCAUGGCAGUGUCACCCGCCCUCUCAAUACCUCCUCGGAGGUGGCACCCACAGGGCAGUUCCUGGACUACACCACAGCUCUCACCCUCACUGUGGCCAUUGGACUCUCGCUUUUGGUACUCAACGCUAUACUUUUCGCUGCGCUUAUCUACAAGCGGGACAGAAACUCCAUGGGACCAAAAAUAAAGUACGACAGUGCAUCAGCGCAGCCGCUGUGUACAGUGGACAGUGGGAUGCGUUCUGUGUCCACUCACGAGGCGUUGUCGUCUCCAGUCAAAGACAGCAAGUCGUCUUGCAGUGUUGACUUGCAGUGCACAGAGCUGCACACCUUCCCAACUCCACCAGAUAUUGGUGACCGCAACACUGAGGUCACUUUCCACACCAGCAACUCCAUGCACUCACUUCUCUCUCAGCCUACCAGUCAGUUUAUCCCACCCCCGCCCCUCCUGGCCACCACACCUCCCACACCGCCCAUUACUGGUCAGCAUGGUGAAGGCGGCAUGGAAUCCGGGGCUUGUGGUGGCUCCAGGUGCUACUCGGAUGUGAAUAAUGGCCAAUAUCCAGAUGUCAGUGGGGGACAGUACCCUCCUGACGUGGGACAGUACCCUCCUGACGUGGGUCAGUACCCCUCAGAGAUCAAAAGCGGACAUUAUCAAGAGAUCAAUCUAGAACAAUACAGGAGUUCGGGCGGCGGGCAGUGUGAGCAACCCAGCAUAUCUGUAUACCCUGCCACGUCCAGCUCUUCCUGUGCGUACCCACCCCAGCACUCCCAGUACUGCUCCCACUACCCUGCUAGUGUAAGCCAAUACUCCUCCUCCACGGACCAAUACUCCAUUUCAGGGAGUCAAUUUUCCAGUCCAGGAGCUCCGUGCGGGACCUCCGCUUGCCAGUUUUCAGAGUCUGGAGUGCAGUGUCUGCCGCACGCCUCCUACACUGACGACGGACCAGAGGUACUGGCGCCCCGGACUAAUCGUAGUGCAACACUGCAACGAGGUUCCUCGUCCUCCUCGUCCUCGUCUUCUAGGAAGCCUCAGCCUCCUCCCCGCGGCUCAACACUGCCCUCCUACGCUACACUUCCUAGACAUAGCUCAAAGGACUCACUCUCUCACAUCAACGCAUAAUGUCAUCCCAUACACAAGACCACUAAGCUAAUCACUCAUCGUUCCUUCAUUAAAGGAUAAUUUUAACGCUCAAGUACGACUGAAAACGGGUGACUUGCAAUUUGUACACAGUGAUGGAUGCUUCACCUCUGACUUACUUAGUAGUACAGUGAUGCUUAGAUUACUGUGUCCAAGUGACAGAUAAAACGAAUGGGAUGUACUUAGGAAACUAAGCCCGAUAGAGAGCGCGGGGUCGACGCAACUGAUGUAGGAAAAUGGUGACCACUGGCACCGAUGUACAGUGACCUUGGUAAAAACUGCACCACUCUCCUGUGCUGUGUACAGACUAUUAUGAUUUUAAACAAAUAUUCUUGUAUCAGCCAUGUGUGUGUCUGUGUGUGUGUGUAUUAUUCAGUUUGUCAUCAAAUAGGUCCGACCUAUAACGCUACAAGUUACCACGUUGAAGAGUUUGCGUCACGUUUGGGAGCUGUUGUGACGGCUACUCCCUAAAGACUACAGUGUGUAUUUAUUGGAUAAUAUCAGUAUGGAUAAUAUUGAUUUACAUUUGUUAUGCUUAUACUGAUGCUGAAAGAUCAUUAUAGGCACAUUUUGAGUGGAAUAUAAUUCCUAGAUUUUAGAAGCGACUGUUAAUAAUUUUCUCGUACAUGUUGGAUGUCAUGAAACAAAUUAGCAAAAUAUAGAACAUUUUCUACAUUCCAAACAUCAAUAUUCGUUCCUAGUUGUAUUAUUUAUCAAUAUAAGAACGAAUAAUACCUUAAGUUAAUGCACGUUAUGUUGGCUUUGUAUCAACUCUUUCUGUUUUGUGAAGCACCCUAUUAUCACAAGUCAUUUUCAGACCACUUGUAGUAGACUGUUGAUGGCUGGUGUUUUGUCACAUUGCAAGGCAGGUUUUUCCCGGCCACAGUAGGAAGCUGAACACUGAAACGACAUUGUGUGUACAGACCCGCCGAGAUAAAAGGGCAAGUCAUUAAACUAUUAUCAUUAAUAGUUUAAUGAUUUUAUUAUUAUUAUUAU